AUGCAGCAAAUGUGGAUGGCACUGACGACCAUGCUGCUGCUCCUUGCGGCAGGAGCAGCAGCAGGAGCAGCAGAGGCAGCUACCAGCACGACGACAACUCGUGGGUGUCGGCCGAGCUGCGGGGGCGUGAACAUCCCCUACCCUUUCGGCGUCGGCACUGGUUGCUUCCGCAAGGGGUUCGAGAUCGAGUGCACCAAGGACGGCCCGGUGCUCGCCGGCUCGUCCCUUCGGGUGAAGCACCUGUCGAUCCAUCCAGACGUGUCGCUGGUCAUGCUCCCCAUCGGGUGGAAGUGCUACAACGCCUCCAGCCCAACCGAAGCCGCGGACUCCAGCUACGGGGAGACGACGAUGAACAAGGACGGUGUGUAUCGCAUCUCCAACACGCACAACAUGCUCGUCGUCAUCGGCUGCGACACCAUGGGCUACACCGCCAGCAUGAAAACCGACGGCGGCUCCGCCUCACACGCCUACUACACCGGGUGCAUGUCCUACUGCAACAACUCCGCCAGCGCACAGGACGGCCUCUGCGCCGGCGUCGGCUGCUGCCACGUCGACAUCCCACCGGGGCUCACCCACAACUACUUCAAGUUCAACGCCUACGACCACUCCAGCAUGAUGGACUACAGCCCCUGCGACUACGCCUUCCUCGUCGACAGGAACAACUACACCUUCCGCCGGUCCGACCUCAAGAUGGACACAAACCGGACCUCGCCGGUGUGGCUGGACUGGGCCAUUCGCGGCAACGGCUCCAUCUCCGGCGACAUACUGUCGUGCAACCAAGCUGCCAGGACCGAUGAGUACGCCUGUGUCAGUGAUCACAGCGACUGCCUCGACUCCACCAAUGGGCCUGGCUAUAACUGCAGGUGCUCUGACGGCUAUCAGGGCGACGCUUACAUUGUGGACGGAUGCACCAAUAUAGAUGAAUGCGCGAAUCCGGCCGACUACCAUUGCUACGGUGUAUGCACGGACACACAAGGAUCAUACGUAUGCGAAUGUCCUGCUGGUUAUCGGAGCCAUGACCCAAGAAAGGAACGAUGUACUCAAAAGUUCCCACUUGCAGCACAGAUUUCCAUAGGUGCAAUAAGUGGCAUUCUCGUCUUGGCACUCUUGUCAUUCAUUUAUGUACUUCGCAAAGAGAGGCGGGAGGCCAGGGACUUUUUCCGAAAGAAUGGUGGUCUUACAUUAAAGGAUGCUACAAGUAUUAAGAUUUUCAAAAUGGAGGAGCUCAAACCAAUUCUAAAGAAACACAAUUUGAUUGGUAAAGGUGCCUUUGGUGAAGUUUACAAGGGUGAUGUUGAUGGAGUUCUAGUCGCAAUAAAGAAACCAAUUGGUGAUAAUGCGUUAGAGAACAACCAAUUUCCAAAUGAAGUCAUUAUCCAGUCUCAAGUCAUCCAUAAGAACAUUGUAAGGCUUAGAGGUUGUUGCCUAGAAGUGGAUACCCCCAUGCUAGUGUACGAAUUCAUCUCCAAUGGAAGCUUGGAAGACAUUCUUCACAAGGAUAAAAGCAAGCUUCUCAACUUGGAUGUACGUCUAAGUAUUCUUCAAGAAUCAGCACAUGGUCUAUCAUAUAUGCACUCACAAACCCACACCACAAUCUUGCAUGGUGAUGUUAAACCAGCAAACAUUCUCUUGGAUGAAAAUUUUACGCCGAAGAUCUCAGAUUUUGGCAUAUCAAGGUUGAUUGCAAAAGACAAGGAACAAACUGCAAACAUCAUAGGUGACAUGACUUAUAUGGAUCCAGUUUACCUAAAGACAGGACGAUUGACCGACCGAAGUGAUGUCUAUAGUUUUGGGGUUGUCAUCCUAGAACUCAUUAGCAGGAAGAAGGCCACUCACUCUGACAAUAAUAGCUUAGUGUGCAGCUUCCAAGAGUGUCAUCAAAGAGGGGGGACAUCGCUGAAGUUGUUUGAUCCAGAAAUUGCAACAGCAGGCAAUUUCGAAAUUCUUGACAAGCUAGCACAGAUUGCUAUGGAGUGUCUUCAUCUUGAUGUGGAUCAAAGACCAUCAAUGACAGAUGUUGCAGAACGCCUUCUCAUACUGCAUAGGUCCCGUAAGCUGUAG